AGGAACUGGAAUUGGCCGUUGUUGUUCAAUCAUGGUAGCGCUGGGGAGGGGAAGGGAGGAAAGUGCCAGUAAGCAGAAUUAUACAAGCACUGGGCGGCUACUUAACACAGGGAACACAAGUACGUGGACAGGCGCAUAGGACUGAGUGGCGUUAUUGGGAUCAUGGGCGAGAAUGGCCCUCUCACUGAGACAGCCAUGUUCUUUGACGAAGAUGAAGAAGAGGUCGACAAGCUUGGCCGAGAGGAGGACGACGAGGACAAAAUGGCUGAUUCGGACAAAGAGGGCGACCUGAUACCUGAACCCUCUUCCUCCUCAGGAAGGGUGUAUGACCGCACCACAGUACUCAUAGAGCAGGACCCCAUCAGUCUGGAUGAGGAGGGAGAGGAGGAUGGCCACUGUGGGCCAGAUGAUGAUGGCAUGGCGUUUCUGGCUGAUGGGGAUGGAGAUGAGGACGGGUCCCUGGCCUUCAUGGCUGACCCAGACAGCAUGUCACAGGGCUACGUGCAUCACACCAUCUCUCCGGACCAGAUCCAGUUCAUCAUCAACCCUGGUUCCACCCCCAUGCCCCGUAACAUUGAAGGAGCCACCCUCACUCUGCACUCAGAAUGCCCCGAGACUAAGCAGAGAGAGGUAAAGAGGUACCAGUGCAUGUUUGAAGGCUGCACGCGCACCUACAGCACGGCAGGAAACCUGCGGACACAUCAGAAAACGCACCGUGGGGAAUACACCUUUGUGUGCAACCAGCAGGGCUGUGGCAAAGCCUUCCUCACUUCCUACAGCCUAAAGAUCCAUGUUCGUGUCCACACUAAAGAGAAGCCCUUCGAAUGUGACGUGCAGGGCUGUGAAAAGGCCUUCAAUACGCUCUACAGGCUGAAAGCACAUCAGCGACUUCACACGGGGAAGACAUUUAACUGUGAAUCAGAAGGAUGCACAAAGUACUUUACCACACUCAGUGAUCUGAGGAAGCACAUUCGUACUCACACCGGGGAGAAGCCGUUUCGGUGUGAUCAUGAUGGCUGUGGUAAGGCCUUCGCUGCUAGUCACCAUCUGAAAACACAUGUGCGGACACACACUGGAGAGAAGCCUUUUUUCUGCCCUAGUGACGGCUGUGAGAAGACAUUCAGUUCACAGUACAGUCUGAAGAGUCACAUUCGGGGUCAUGAUAAAGGCCCACCACACACAGUUAACCUCAGCCAUCCUCUCUCAGAGGAUGCAAAUCACUCACUGUGCCUCAGUGAUUUGAGCCUCAUUUCCACAGAUUCUGAGCUAAGAGAGAAUAUCAACAAUUCACAGAGUUUGGAACUGAGUAACGUCACUCCUGCGAGGAUAUUUGAGUUAAUGUUCCAGAGCCCUGAAAACAGUGUCAGUCAAGAUGACGCGCAUCCCUCCGAUAACCUAGUGGAGGCUUUUGGCUUGGAGACACCACCGCGGCCGGCUGUGGCAGACACAUCUGCUCUGCUUUCAUACUCUCAGCUGCCUUCAUCCUCCUCUUCUACUAACUCUCUCAGCACCCCGGUCCUAGAGAACUCCGCUCAGCCUGGUUCAUCCUCCUCUCAGACAGGCUCUGCCAGCAACUCCACACACACCCCUCCACAGUCAGCCACUUUCCCCUCAGUUCUCCAUACCUCACUACAGACACCAGAAGUGCCCACUCCCCCUGUACCCGGUGUUACCCAACACUAUGCGCCUGUUCUGCCCCCAGCCAUGGCUAACUCCCUGCCGACCUCCGCCUCAUCUGUGGUCAGCAUCCCCAACCCUCCUUCAGCGACAGCCAUCACCACCGCGGCAGCGGCAGGUGUAACGCAAACAGUGCCUUUAGCAGGCAACGCCAGCCUGGCACCCACAUCCACCAUCACCAUCGCCCCCACGCAGGGUCUCCUGCAGCCCAGCCUUGUCAUGUCUGACCAGAACCUGCAGUGGAUCCUCAGCAGUGCUGCCAAUGCACAGCAGAACCCUGAACAGCAGGGCCCAAAAGUGGAGAAAGUCUUCUUUACAACAGCCAUACCUGUAGGUGGACAUUCAGGGAACCCUGUGCAGCAGAUAGGCCUUAGUCUCCCAGUCAUCAUAAUUAAACAGGAGGAGGCUUGCCAGUGUCAUUGUGCCUGCAGAGACUCUACUAAAGAAAGGAGCUCCAGCCAGAGUGCUGCCUCCUCACAACAGGAGCCUACAGACACCUCUCCUCCUCCUCCACCACCACCACCACCACCGCCACCACCACCACCACCACCGCCGCCUGCAGAAACUUCACAGUGCUGUUCCUCCAAGGUGAACACUAUUCUUCCCCAGGCACAGAUCCAGCCUGGAAAUCCCUCUGCCUCUACUCAGACAUUCCACAGUGAGGCCAUAGCUUCCAGCACUCCCACAGACAGCCUGGCCAAUGUGGAUGUGGUAGACCUCCUCAGCCCUGAAACCACAGCCAAGAUUGAGGCUCUACUCAUGGUCGCUGAUGACUUCUCCAUUGACCCAUGUAAGUCUCACUGUUGUGGCUUGCUCAGGGAUAUAGGAAUUCAAAGCGGAGGUAUACAUGUCUGUGCUGUCCCUGAAAUGACAUAAAAAUGAACAUCAGUACUGUAGGAGUGUGGUCUCCUGCAUCAUACCUGCUUGUGCAUCAACCAAGCCAAGGUUUAGAAAAUAGAACAACUGGUUAACUUGCCUGCACCCAUAAGCCCCCACCACCUUGUUUAUACACCACUGCUGUAAGGAGAGGUUUUAAGGAGUGGAUUAUAAUGUAAAUAUAAUGUAGUACAUUUGAAAUUAUAAAUGUUUAAGCCCUUAGAUUGUAUUUGUAUUUUUGUAUAGAACUAUGGGGGGCGAUCACACUUUGGGUUUGAAAUGGAAGACAUGACCGCUGCACUGCACUGCCCUUUUUCUUUGCAACCGACUUGUCAGCAAAUUGCCAUGCAGUAGUUUUUGUUUUUCUUUUUUUUCUCGACCUUAGUCUACAUGUGUUGUGCACUAUGACAUGCAAGAGUUACUGUAAUCCCCCCAGUAUCACCUGCAGGACAAAACAGCCUUACAGUUUUGAGGUGGAGUACUUCAUUUUCAUUGAAGGUUUUUUUCCCCUUUAUGAGUCACCACAAAACUCCAUGGUCAUCAUAACAUUUGAUGAAAUGCUUCUUAUUAUAACUUGACAUACAGGAAGAGUAAAUUGGAAUUCGAAUGGGUUUUUUUGGCUGUUUUUCUAGCCAGUGCCAAGAAAUGUUAUAUUUUCAUUAAAAAAAAGUUAUGUUGGUCGUAAUAUUAGUUUUGAUAUGUCUGCACAUUCUCAUAUUUGCAGUCUGUUAUCGUUAAGUUAAAGUUCAUUCUGUACGUUGAACACAUUUGGGCCCAUUCUAGGUACACUAAUUAAGAUUUCUGUAGUACUCAAAUUCCACAGCUAUUGACACCAGCUAAACAUUUGCAUGUUUGUGCCACAUCCAUUGCCUUUUCAGUGAAGAUCUGGUAUUUGGGGAAAAAAUUACUUAAAACAAGCUGCUUGCUACAGACAGCAACAUCUCUCCCAGAAACCUUUGUUUUUUGUAAACUGUGCAAGUUCACAAAAAUGUGUUCUGUUUAUGCUGAAUACCUUAUUCUGUUUCCCUUGGUGCUUAGUAAAAUGUAAGAUUUAGUCAAGGCACAUGCGCACUAAUUUUGGCCAUAAUGUCUGUUAUAGAAUGAUCUAUGCAAAAGAAAACCUUUUUUCCAUAUUUUAUCAGACCAUAACACUCAGUCAGUCUUCAGCUCCCUGUGUGAAUACUGAGUGAAUUAACCCUUUGGUUUAGUAUUUAGUCAUUGUUAUGCAAGUUACCACUACUUCAAAGCAACUGAUUGUGAGUCAAAUUGCAAUGAAUAUUCAACAUUGACUACAAAAGGCUUGCUACUGUGCACAGUCUGGAAUAUCUGGUUUCUGAAGGAGGCUUAAGGUAGACGGUAGCUAGUUCUUAUUUUUAUGGUUUAGUUUUGUUGAUUAAUGACUGACUAAUGUGUUGCAUUUUAUUAUGCAGAUGGGCAUUGUAAUCUUUUAAUAGUUGUCUUUCCACAAAUGGCGUGUGGCACCCCAGACAUCACUAUUAAUGCAUGUCAACCAACAGGCAGAUCUGUUCCUAAAAGUUGACAUAAUUCUGUUGUAAGAAUUGUCACUUUGAGUUUUUUGGUUGAAGUUUACCUUUUUAAGAUUUGGAUUAAGUUUACCUUUUGGUUUAAGAUUAGUUUGUACAUAUAAUAUCACUUUUCCACAAUAGAGUGCAAUGAAAUGAUAAAUCACAAAAUUAGCUUGUCAUUUAUCCUAAAUUGUGAUUUAACUACAUUUGUGAGAUCAGUAUAAGUCGUCUCAGAUGAGUAUGAAUUGGUCCUUCUGGGCUGCAUUUAAAAUAAACUGCUGAGUUUAUCUUUCAGUUGUCAACUCAACCAACUGAAUCAUCCACUGGUUCAUUUUUUUUAAUCCAGCUUUCUCAGACAAAUAUAACUCAGUGUGACAUUUAUUCAGAAGUUCUUGCUAAAGCAGAACGCAGUAGCAUGCUAUGGGUUGUGCAAAUCAGAGCAAAAGUGCAAAGGGUUAUCAGAUGGGGAAACAUAAAUGCUUCCAACAGAGUGCUUUUGAUACCCAAAGUGUGAGGACAAAAUAUAAAGGAUCUGUAUUUUUAAGGAAUGUAUAAUGUGAAAAUUCUCAUAUGCUUGUUUUGUAUAAAGUAUUAUGUAUUAUGGCAAAGUAAUAACUUUUUGAAUUGAAUUAAGCAAUAUAAUAUCAGUGAAAUCUGA